CUGUAAAAUAACAAGUUUAAUUUAACAAACAAUUUAUAAACAUGUAAGAACCAAAUUUAAUUUCAACUAUGUGUAACAUCACUAAUAUUUAAUGUAAGAUUCGAAUUGGAUUUGGGACAUCACGUCCAGUUAACACAGGCAAACGAAGGUGUAGUUUAUCACAAGUAAAGAGCUGCAUUGAAUCAUAUGGCGACCACUAGAGACAAAGUUCCAUCAUCUGAACAUGAACAUACCGGCGAAAAUUAUCAAGAUACUCCUGCAGGCAUGGACAUCGAUCGAGAGAUAGAUAGGACAGACUCUGUUUCACAGCCGAAAGAUGAGCAGUGUCCGGAUUGCUUGAAAUUAACGGACGAACGGGAUCAAGCAGAACUGAGUUUGAAGUUCUGGAAGCAAGAAGCUCGAAAUUGGAAAGAAGACGCUAAAUAUUGGAAACAAAAGUACGACACUUGGCAUGAGCAAAUUGCUGAAACAAUGGCGAAGAGUUCCGUUAUGGAGAAAACGAGUGACAUGACAUCUAAUACUAAAGUCGCGGACAUGUUUGAUGUGACUGUGAAAGAGAUGUGGGUUAAUCUAUGUGAAGAUUUACAAGACAACAACAAGUCAGAAAUUCAUCGAAUUACCAACCUUUCGGAACUAAUGCAGGCAAUAUACAAAGAAUGUACUAAAAAGGUUGAUGCUGAUACAAAAAAGUUAAGGGAAUGUUCCUUCAGUAUAAACGAUAUGGUCCCUGACGAGAUUGCGUUGGCAGUGAGAAUGGUACGGAAGCAAAUGUGUCAGAAUGAAAGUCAAACGACACAGGUUAUCGAGGAGAUCGGAAAAAUAAUUUUUGACUCGACGAUCGUACGAAGAAUAUCAACAUCAAAACUAAAAAUUAGUCUUAACGCGUUUAUUGAAAAAGUUAUCAGCAUCAGCUGGUUAAUGGUGUCGUCGGAUCCACCUCUUCAUCUCAACUUUGAUGUAAAAGAUGAAAAAUAUGAGGGUGCUAUCAAGGAGAGAUUUGUCCAGUAUUCUACAGAAGAACCUAUCAAUCCAGAACCUGAAAAGGAGGGAACUGUGCUGGUUGUGGCUUGGCCGUGUUUGGAAUUAAAGGAAUUUCAAGGCAAACGGUCGAAUUCUGGGUAUCUCAAAAAGGGAGAAGUGAUUGUUCGACCGUCCAGCACACACGUUCAAACAAACAUACACUGAUUUGUGUUUAUUUUGGUGGGAAACUUAAUAAACAUUCAUUGAAAAAAUAAGAUAAAAAUGUGACUUAUCAAUUUAUAACAAGAUAUAGGCACUUUUUUAUCAUUUCGAAAUACAUUUUAACAACUUGAUCAAGUAUCAGAUAGGUCCUGUAUCUACGUAUGGGGUACUGUCACGAAAAAUACUUUAAAUUGUGUAUUUCUUAGUGAUUCAUUUCAGCAAACUGAUGAAAUGAUGGUCGACAGUAGUAUCCUUUGAUUGUAAGACCCUACCUUUUCCCAUCAAAACAGCCAUUCGCACUAGAUUAACUUUAUACAGUUUUUUUUAUAAAACGUAACGAUUUAAUUUCAUUUUUACAGGAAAGAUAUUACCAAGUACGAGGUGCGUGGUGAUCUCAUGCCGCGGUUGUGACACAUAAUCGAACCACUUGAGCCGAUUUUUACUUUUUAUCCCGAAGCCAAAGCUGUUGGUCGACAUGCACAGACCAUAUACAGCUGCAGCUAUUUUGUCGAACUUGUUGCACAACGCAAAGCCAUGACAUGGUACUUUAUGCCUGAAACUACAAGACGACCACUCAGGGAAACAUACUUUUUUAAUAACAAUAGCACUGACAGAUGGUAUGAAUAUCAUCUCAGAUUUAAUUAAAAUCAUGAUGUAAUGUCGACCAAGCUUACUAGUCAAACACUGUGUAUACUUGAUUUAGUUUCAUCAUAUCGUGCCGCAAAAUUGCAUUGCUUUGGUUUGGAUCAGUCCAUAUUGUAGUUAAAUGGUUAUUAAACUGAAAUUUAUUAUCUGUCAUUGCUAUUUAAUCUGAAUUAUGAUACAAUGAAGUUAAUUUGUAUAUACAGAUCAAAGUUCACGGAAUAAAAACACUCGAUCUUGA